UUCUUUAUACCACUCUUAAUUUCACAUUUUGAGACGCAAGUGCUUUCAACACGCUCAUCGUGGGUGUGGGGCUGAGGGAGUUCCAUUAAUUUCCGUAGAAUUUAUAGGACCCCCCCCCCUAGGGCUCUGGGCUUUGGGGGUUAUAAAUUGAGGACAACCCACUUGCCUGCCUCAAAUUCAGCACAGACUAAGACAAAAGCAGCUGCUUUGUUCUCUCUCUAAAGAGACUGGUUUUGGCAGAGAGAAAUGGGAGAAAGAAGUGGGAAUAACAAAGGGGAGAUGAACAUGUGGGUGACGGAAGAAGACAGCACAGUUGAUUGGAGAGGCAGGCCUUCCAACCCAAAUAAACAUGGCGGCAUGAAAGCUGCUGCAUUUGUUCUUGGGCUUCAAGCAUUUGAGAUAAUGGCAAUAGCAGCAGUAGGGAACAACCUUAUAACAUAUGUGAUAAAUGAGAUGCACUUCCCAUUGUCAAAGUCAGCAAACAUAGUGACAAACUUUGUGGGAACUAUCUUUCUUUUGGCCCUCCUUGGUGGUUACCUCUCAGACUCUUAUCUUGGGAGUUUCUGGACCAUGCUUAUCUUUGGCUUUGUGGAGCUUUCUGGCUUCAUAUUACUCUCAGUCCAAGCUCAUCUUCCGCAGCUAAAGCCGCCAAAGUGCAACGUGGUAAUUGAUGGAGAUAAUUGCGUGGAAGCAAAGGGCUUAAAAGCCUUGAUUUUUUUUGUGGCACUCUACUUGGUGGCAUUAGGAAGUGGAUGUGUUAAACCCAACAUGAUUGCUCAUGGGGCUGAUCAGUUCAAUAUUCAAACCAACCCCUCCCACUCCAAGAAGCUUUCAACCUACUUCAAUGCUGCCUAUUUUGCCUUCUCCAUGGGCGAACUCAUUGCCCUUACUGUUCUCGUGUGGAUCCAAACUCAUGCCGGUAUGGAUGUUGGAUUUGGACUCUCCGCAGCCGCCAUGGCCAUGGGACUAAUCAGCUUGGUUUCUGGGACACUUUAUUACAGAAACAAACCUCCUCAAAGAAACAUCUUCACCCCCAUUGCUCAAGUUUUUGUAGCGGCCAUAUUAAAGAGGAAGCAGAUUUGUCCAUCUAAUUCUAAUCCACAGAUGGUUAAUGGAAAUCAAAACAGAGAGCCAAACAGUUCAGCAUCAGCUUCUCAUCUGCAUUCUGAAUCUGGCAAUGUGAUUCACACCCAAAGGCUCAGGUUCUUGGACAAGGCGUGCAUCAAAGUUCAGGAUGGGAGUAAUACAAAGGAAAGUCCAUGGAGAUUGUGCACUGUUACCCAAGUGGAGCAAGUGAAGAUACUGAUUUCAGUUAUUCCAAUAUUUGCUUGUACCAUUGUUUUCAAUACCAUUUUGGCUCAGCUCCAAACAUUCUCAGUCCAACAAGGAAGUGCCAUGGACACCCAACUGACCAAAUCUUUCCAUAUCCCUCCAGCUUCCCUUCAGUCCAUCCCUUACAUCAUACUUAUCUUCAUAGUCCCUCUAUACGACAAAUUCUUUGUCCCCUUUGCAAGAAAACUGACUGGUCAUGAAUCCGGAAUUUCUCCUCUACAAAGGAUAGGUGCGGGUCUUUUUCUUGCAACGUUUUCCAUGAUUGCCGCAGCCCUUAUGGAGAAGAAGAGAAGGGACUCAUUCACAGAUUCUGGCAAAAUAAUAUCCAUCUUUUGGAUCACCCCGCAGUUCUUAAUCUUCGGAUUAUCCGAAAUGCUUACUGCGGUUGGCCUCAUUGAGUUCUUCUACAAACAGUCAUUGAAAGGGAUGCAAGCAUUUUUGACUGCCAUAACCUAUUGCUCUUAUUCAUUUGGCUUCUAUUUAAGCUCGGUGCUUGUUUCCCUGGUAAACAAGAUCACAUCAGCUUCUUCCAAAGGCGGUUGGCUUAGUGACAACGAUCUCAACAAAGACAGGCUCGACUAUUUCUACUGGCUGCUAGCAGUCCUUAGCUUUCUAAACUUCCUAAACUAUCUCUUCUGGGCUAGAUGGCAUUCUCACAAUUCUUCGCCACCAGACACUGCACAGAAUGAAGCAGUUGAGGGGAGGUUGAGUGAUUAUAGCUUGAUGAAACUUUCAAAAGAUGUUGGAGAUGAGAAUAUACCAUAAAAUGGAACAUUAAUGAUAAAUAUAUAUAAUAUAAUUUCAAGGCAAUUAUCUAUUGCUAUCUUGUAUUAUAGAUAAAAAAAACUAUCAUACCAUAAAAAAGACUCUUUAAGAGGUAUAUAGGUUGUGUAAAGAAGUGUCGAAGAUAUAUAAUAUGCAUGCAGGACCACCAUAGUUUGUUAGGCUGUUACUUAGAGGCUACUGGAAAUUAAAUGUAUCUCGUUUGUUUCUACCCAGACUUUUUCGCUAAAGCCAAUGUGUCUUCAACAAGUAAUACAUUUGAUAUCUCUCA